UUAUAUGUUUAAUUUUUCUUUGAAUUGCUUCUCAAUAGAUAACGGUCUCUCUGUAGGUAACAAGUUUCAUACUCUGGUUACUGCUGUUCAUAGUUUAGUUUGGACAAUUGAUUUAGGGAUGUCCAUAGUUUAGUUUGGACAAUUGAUAUAGUGUUUCUAAAUUAUACUUGUGAGGAUUCUUUACACUCAGGUUAGAAAAAAGAAAUUUGACAAAAUUUUGUUGAACUCAUUCUUAAAAUACAAGAAUUGACCUUUGAAAUUGAAUAUUUAUCAAAACCAGAGCUCUAUUCUCUCGACUGGCUGCAUCCGUUCUUUAAUCAUAAUGGAACUCAAAGAUGCAUACAUGGAAAAUGACUCAUUAAGAUGGAGGGUCAUGGCACACCUCUAAUUUGGUAGAUACGACAUACAAGUAUGAUUGGUAUAGGAAGUUAUGUGCUAAUUUCUUAAAAUUAAAAUUAAAACAUACAGUAUCAUAUAUAAAUGCAAACACUUAAAACAAUGCAAAAAACUAGGAUUUCCCUGUCAUUAGGCGAACAAAUAUCUAGAGGCGCACAAAUAUUGAUUUAUAACCUCUACAAUCCUGUCACUCAAGUUUGAUUUUUAGAGAUCUGGUUUGACUUGAUUAUUCAUUCAAUUGAAAUUUUAUGAAACUUUAUUGAAAUGAGAUUUGAAAAUAAAUUGGAACAUAGUGAGAAAUUGAUAGAAGAAAAAAUUGUAUGGUAAAUUCAUAAUAGACUAUAUACAUUAUAGACUUGUGGAAAGGGACAUGCAGGGCAGCUCUUUAAUCCGAAGACUUGCAAGUCAAGAUACAUUGUAUAUAGUAGUUGUGCAAGUCUAUCACAUUAAAUUUUUUGUGAUAGACGAAACUUCCUGGUUUUGAUUUAUUGUACUUGGUACCUGUUUAGGUUCCUGUUCAGGACUAAAGAUACCUGUUUUAUUUUUGUAGAAUUUAAAUUUUUUAAUAUUUUUUCCUAAAAAAUAUUAUUUAAUUUCUUUUCAAUUUUUUUAAAUUGUCUUUUUGUAAAAGCACUAAUUUUUUGAUGGUUAAUGGCUUUGCAGUUCUACUAGAUUUAAGAUAUGGUCAUGGGAGUUGGUUGAUAGCAUUUCUUUUUUAAAUUGUGUUUUUGCUUUCUUUUGCAUGGCCAUGGCUAUCCCUUCAUAUAUGCUUUUGUUAUUUUAUCUUGUACUUCAUGCUAGAAUGGUUGUGGCCCGAGAAAACCAAUCCCCUUUCAUAAGCUUAGGAUCUUCACUUUCUCCCAUCACUCCUCCAAGUUCAUGGCAUUCAUCCUCUGGCAAGUUUGCCUUUGGCUUCUAUCCCCAAGAUGAUGGAUUUUCUGUCGGAAUAUGGCUAGUCGGCGACCCUGAAAACACUGUUGCCUGGACUGCUAAUCGAGAUGAUCCACCCAUCCCCUCAAAUGCUACUUUGGAGUUAACAACAGAUGGAAAGCUGCUUGUUCGAACUGCGCCCGGUGACGAAAUCCUCAUUGCUAAUGUAUCAGAUCCUGCUGAUUCGGCUUUAAUGCUCGAUUCUGGUAAUUUUGUGCUUUAUGGAAAGAACAAGUCCGUUGUCAUUUGGCAAAGCUUUGAUUUCCCUACUGACACCUUAUUAGGAGGCCAAAAUCUGACCAGUGAUGCUAAUUUGAUUUCUGGCAAGUCAAAAUCAAACCACUCGAGUGGACGAUUUCUGCUCGGUAUGCAAGUGGAUGGAAAUCUUGUUGCAUACCCUUUAAACAGUUCUUAUGCACCAGAGGACGCAUAUUGGUCCUUUUCUUCUGCUUUUAGAUCAUAUGAUGUUCUCCUUAGUCUUGAUCAUCAUGGUAAUCUUUUUGUAAGCAAAGGAUAUUCCAUGAUAAAACUGGUCAACAACUCUUAUACACGAGAUGAAAAACCAGUAAUUUAUCGACUAACACUUGAUGCUGAUGGGAUCUUAAGACUGUAUGCUCACCAUUUGGAAAACAACAGUAGUUCAAAAUUAUCUACAGAGUGGGUUGGAUUGCAAGAUCAAUGUGCUGUCAAAGGCUUUUGCAGCUUUAACAGCUAUUGUUCAAGCUCAGGUGGGAAAGGUGAAUGCUACUGUUAUCCUGGAUUUAAUUGGACGAGUCAGAGCGAUAAAUGGUUGGGUUGCUCUAUAAACAUAGCAGAAGAUGCUUGCAGGGAAGACCAAAAAUUUGAUUACAACAUGACUGCUAUGGAAAAUACUUGGUGGUCAGACUAUCCUUACUCUGUGGUACCGAUGACAAAGGAAUAUUAUUGUAGCAGGUCUUGCCAAGAGGAUUGCAAUUGUGGUGCAGUUCUAUUUGCCAAUGAAAACUGCCAAAAGUUCAAGCUUCCGCUCAGGUAUGGGAGAAGAAAUAGAAACAAUUCAGCCGUAGCAUUCUUCAAGGUGUUUCUGGAAAGAUCUGAGACAAGUCAAGUUGAGAUUGUGAUUGAAGGCAAGGAAAGUCUAGUGAUGAUCAUUGCCAUAAGCUUGGGUUCUGUUGCUUUCUUAUGUUUUUCCAUUGCAGUCUCUAGUUUCUUCAUGUACAGGUAUCAAGUUCAUGAUUACCGAAAUCUUUCUACAACUGAAAAUUUGGGAUUAUCAGAAGAGUUUGCUCUAAGGUCAUUUUCCUAUACUGAGCUCGAGAAAGUGACCAAUAAUUUUAGUGAAGAGUUGGGAAGAGGCAGUUUUGGAGCAGUCUAUAGAGGAAUGUUAAAUGGAGGUACCAAAGCUAUUGCUGUGAAGAGGCUAGAGAAAAUUGUUGAGGAAGGCGAGAGAGAGUUUCGAGCUGAAAUUUGUGCAAUUGGACGUACUUAUCAUAGGAACUUGGUGCAAUUGCUUGGAUUUUGUGUGGAGAAUUCUAGACGGCUUCUUGUUUACGAGUACUUGAAAAAUGGUUCACUUGCAGAUAUCCUUUUCAAGGCACAAGUUCGGCCUGUAUGGAGAGAGAGAAUCAGAAUAGCACUCGAUGUGGCUCGAGGUAUCUUCUACUUACACGAAGAGUGCCGAGUUCACAUAGUCCACUGCAACAUAAAACCUCGAAAUAUACUCAUAGAUGAUUCUUGGACUGCAAAGAUUUCAGACUUCGGGCUAGCAAAGCUAUUAAUACCGAAUCAAACAAGCAUAGCCCAAAUGGUUAUAGAGAGAAGUGGAUAUUCUGCGCCUGAAUUGCAGAGCAGUGCUUUGAUAUCGGUAAAAGCAGACAUAUACAGUUACGGGAUCGUUCUGCUAGAGAUCAUCUGUUGCAGAAGUAAUAUAGAAGUAAAUGUGAAUGAAAGAGAUGAGACGUUGCUUUCGAGUUGGGCAUAUAAAUGCCUAACGACGGGCGAAGUAUACAAGCUAGUGGAAGACGAAGAUGUGGACAUGGAAACCUUGGAAAGAAUGGUGAAGGUGGCGCUGUGGUGUAUUCAGAAUGAUCCUACUUUGCGUCCUGCAAUGAAGGAUGUGAUGCUUAUGUUGGAAGGAAUAAUGGAAGUGCAAGUUCCUCCAUAUCCUGCUUUUUCUACUACCAUAUAACAAGUUUGUAUCUUCAUUUGUAUUCAUAAUAAAUUGGUAAUAAAACUGCCUAAAACCAUUCAAUAUUAGCAUCCAAUUCACUCCGAAAAAUUGGAAAGCUAUGUGGUUGCUCGAACAUGGGGAGUCUUUCGCUUUAUCUAACCUGGAACUCGCUACUUUUAUUCCGCAGUCAAACGAUCCAAACCAGGUUCAGACCUUUCUAUUGUUUGAAUUAACUUUUGCAAAUUUUAAUUUUACAUUUUGAUGCUGCAGAGUGUAGCUGAUUACUAAGCAACUUAGUCGGAAAUGUGAAAUUAAAUCCUUUUCCGUUCACAUGUAAUGAUAUAUGAUUAUGGUAGAUGUGUGCUUAUUCGAUUCUGUUUCAGUAAAACCUGAAGUGAAGUCUUCUUUUUAGUGUAACAAUCAUGAACACAGAUGUUAAUUUUGAGGAUUA